AUGUACGCCAAACGCUACUUGGGCCUCUUGGCUCUGGCUCUCAGCCUCCCCCUCGCAGCCCUCGCUGCUCCCGCUCACCAGCCUUUCGUUCCCGGUUCGAGCGCAAACGCAUACUCGCCCUCCACUCAGUUUGCUCCUCUCACCGCAAACCCUGAGCUCGAGACCAUCCCUGGCGCCUACAUGGUCGUCCUCAAGGAUGGUGUCAGCUCCUCCGACUUCUUUGCUCACCAGAGCCUCAUCUCGUCUGCCCAGCUCAGUGCAAACAGCUUCCACGGCGAAGACGCUCAGGGUAUUCGCCACGUUUACGAUCUCGAGGGCCACCUCCAGGGUUACGCCGGCAAGUUCACCGAUGACGUCCUCGACUACAUUCGUGCUCAGCCCGAGGUCGAGUACGUCGAGAUGGACACGCUCGUCUCCGUAGAGGUUAUGCCUCAGACCGAGGACAAGACCUGGGACGUCGAGUACGACCAGGACCUUGCUGUCGCCGCUCAAUCGGCCAUGAGCACCGCCAAGCUCGGCGCCUACGACGUCGAGAAGGGCGCUCCUUGGGGUCUCGCCCGUAUCUCGCACCGCAAGCGUCUUGGCCUCAGCACCUUCAACAAGUACGUCUACCAGGGCGAUGGUGGCGAGGGUGUCACCGCCUACGUUAUUGACACUGGUAUCAACAUCAAGCACGUCGAAUUCGAGGGUCGUGCCCGCUGGGGUAAGACCAUGCCUCAGAACGACGUCAACGAGGACGGCAACGGUCACGGCACCCACUGUGCCGGUACCAUCGGCUCGCGCAAGUACGGUGUGGCCAAGAAGGCCGAGCUCGUCGCCGUCAAGGUGCUCGGCUCCGGCGGCUCGGGCUCCAUGUCGGACGUGACCGGUGGUGUCCUCUGGGCCGUCGAAGAUGCCAAGAAGCUCUCCGCUCAGUUCCGCGCCAACCCGCACUCCGCUGCCGCCAAGAAGCACAAGGGCUUCGUCGCCAACAUGUCGCUCGGCGGUGGCAAGUCGCCCACCCUCGACAAGGCCGUCAACGGUGCCGUCACCAGCGGCAUGCACUUUGGUGUCGCCGCCGGUAACGAGAACCAGGACGCUUGCAACGUCUCGCCCGCCGGUGCCACUAACCCCGUUACCGUCGGUGCCUCGACCGUCCAGGAUGAGCGCGCCUACUUCUCCAACAAGGGCAAGUGCGUCGACAUCUUUGCUCCCGGUCUCAACAUCCUCUCCACCUGGAACACCGGCAACACCUCGGUCAACACCAUCUCGGGUACCUCGAUGGCCAGCCCUCACAUUGUUGGUCUGCUCGCGUACCUCCUCUCCAUCUACGGCACUAAUGACUUUAAGCUGCUUACCACGGGUGCUGAGCAGCUCUCGAUUGCCGGCGUUGAGGAUUCGCUUGCUUCCAAGCUUGCUGGUGUGAUGCCCAUCCCCGCCAUGGCUCUCGACCUCGUCAGCAGCGUCGCUGGCUACUUCACUGGUGCUGCCGACGCUGCUAAGCCCGACAUCGACGGUGUUCUGUCCCCCGACCAGCUCAAGAAGGCGCUCGUGAAGCUUGCCUCGUCCGGUGUCCUCACCGGCCUUGACUCGGACACGGUCAACAAGCUUGCUUUCAACAACGCCACCGCGGCCGCUUGA